AACAACAUGGCGGACGUUUGGUGUGACUUCGGUUUAAAAGUUUUGUGCUCAACCAAGGGGUAUUUUAUCAAGCUUAAAUAAUACGAAUAACCCUAGAAUUAUCAGCUGGAUUUUUUCAGAUUCUUCAAGAGUUAGAUAAACUGGAUCUUUCCUCAUCCCGGAAAUCUUAUCAUCCUACCAUUUGCGUAAUUUUUUACCAUUCACGUGAUGAGCUAGAAACUUCCACGUUGUCAACCGACAGUAUAAAACAAGGAAACUUUCCUUAGGCUGGUUUUUCGAGUGAGUAAUCAUGUUACUUAUUGGCUUUUUGUAACACGAAAUUGAUCUGUGUUGUUUCAAGAUUUACCUUUAUAAUUAUAUUUUGGUACCUUGAAGUAACAUUUUGAUCGCGAUUUAGACAAACUGAUAAUGUUUCAUUUUUUCAGUCUUACAUUCAAGUGUUCUCCCCUUUCGCAGCUUCUGAACCAGUUUAAUAUAUGCACAGUUCUGAUCGGCAUUUGCUAAGCUGUUGGUGGUUGAUCUUCAAAAAACAUGGCGACCCUAUGUGAACCUCUUCCUUUAGAGAUGGAACGGUAAGCUAACGUUUACUAGAUUUUAAAGGAAGUGCUAUGGCUGUUGUUGUAUGAAUUAUCCCUAUUGAUAACGUUUUGUCCCCAUUUCGUUUUUAAAUCAUGACAAAUGUUUUUUUAUUUUAAUAGAAUUUCCUCACAAUCGUGGAAAGGAUGGUGAAAAUGUUUUGGGUAUGGUAACACUGAAUUAACCCUUUUAAGUAUAAAAGAUGACGAACUUGAAUUUAAUGUUGUACAGUAAAAUGGUGUUCAAGUUUGGUAUGAAUCUCUUUCAUCAUCAGACAUUUCCACAAGAGUGAGACCUAGUAGAUGUUCAGCAGUUUCAAUAAGAUUUUUAACAAGAGGCCAUCAGGAUAAAAUCUGCAAGGCCCAAGAAGCCUUGCUCAGCUGGGGGAAGGGGGGGGAUUCCAGGGGAAUGCACAUCCUUAAAAAUUUGGAAGACAGUCACUUUUUUUUUUUAAGACUGUGGACAGUGUUCUAAAAAAGACAUGGACAGUGCUAUAUAAAAUGUGAAGAAGCAGCUGGGCAAAGUUCUGUCCUCAGCUGGUCAAUUUUCCCAGUGCUCUGCCCAUAAUGAAAGCCCUGAAUGUUAAAAGUAAUUAUCAGUUUUCAUUUGUUCAUUCUCAGUGGAUUACAGUAAGUUACCAAGAUCCAGUGGGGAUGGAAUGGAAUUUUCAUUAAGCAAUUCUGGCAAUGACAGUCUCUCAGAGGAUAGUGAAGAAAAUGACUUGACACAAAAAGCAAAUAACAGUUUAUCAUAUUCAACUUUGAAAAGGAAAAGUGGAAGAAACGGAAUUGAUCAUGGAUCAGCUAAAAUAACAACUGGUACAACAAUACAAGCAAAUAUCUCAGCAAUAAAAUACAGAAAUGAGAAUGAAAUUCUUGAAAGGGAGGAAAUGCGAACAUUGAGUGGUCACACAGCUUUAGCUGAAUCCCCUCAAUCACAGACAUUGAGAAAAGAUGUUAUCUCCAAAACUGAAGGUGCACAGUUAAAUGAGGAUGUCCGUUUUCAGUCAGUACAAAGACAGAACUCUACCAAUCUUCUACUCCAAGGGCCUGAGCUUCUGCGAUUGAAUAAUGAGUUAGGUUUAUCAUUAAGUGCAAAUGAUCAGCUUGUGUCUUUGGCUCCUCCUGCAAUGGAUCUCAGUCUUGGAGGUGGUCUCUUGAAAUCUACUAUAGUGGAACAAAGGGCUGAGUUUGUGGACAGCCAGAAAGUCAUCAGUGAUCUUCAGGAACAGAAUGCAAAGCUUGUUGAAGAGAAGACAAAACUCUCUGUGCAGCUUGGUGUCCAGACAAAGGUUUGCAAAGAACCUAUUUUUCAAUUUAGUUGGACACAUGUCAAAAUAUUUGGGUUAAGUACAUCAGGGCAAAGAUUUUUAGUAAACUUUACAAAAAGAAUGAUGGAAAAAAGUGUUUCUUCUUUUCUUUUUCCAAUUUCUAUUGGUAAUACUAAAAUAUUUAGGAUAAGAACUUAUGAAAAAAAAAAAAGAAAGCAGAAUGACAAAGACUAACUUAGAAAGAGGCAUCAGUGAAUAUAGCAGGUUAAAAGGGCCAUUUUGUCUUUCCAUGACAUUUUUGGGGAGGCCUUACAUGUAAGUCUGUCCUUAAUAUGCAAGACCCAGUUUCCCUGACUCACUUUUGAUCAAAUUGAAUGUGGCGCAUGACCCUGUACAUGUACCAAAUGACCGCCUGAUUUGUCAUGAGUAUGAUUACAGACAGAAUUGGACAACACAAAGUCCUAUUACCAAUUAAUCAUAACUGUUAUAAUUUCUGAAAACAACAAAAUUAAUACAUUUAGGGCAAAUAUGUGCAGUAGAGACAAUGUCUAUGUAAAAAAUUCCUCAACUUUGGAAAUUCCACAACUUUUUUAGGAUAAGUGGUUGUUGCUAUGGUUAUUGUGAACCAUUCUGUGAUUGGUGGAUUUGACUAUUUUCCAUAAUAACAACAAGGAAAAUUCACUUAACAAUCAACAGCUUCUUAAGAUGGUGAUUGUUUCCUUUAGUCCUAAGACCUCAAUGUUUGUUUCAGGGGGGAUACUGUAAAGUGAAAUUUAUGCUAGCAAGUCUUUGGGGAAAAGAGUUCACUCCCAGAAGUGAUUAAAAAUGAAAUUAUUCCUACAUCAUGUUAUACUUCAUGUUAAGAGAUUUUAGGUUAUUUCAUUUUCUGUAAGUCAGCAGGACACCCGAUAUUCAGCACACUUGGCUGGCCAAUUGGUGAUGGAAAAUAUAACAUAAGCAAAGCUUGUUAAAAUUGAGUUGUCUUUUUCCAGAUUAAUACAGAAAUUAAGAGGUUGUUGGUAGCAUCAGUGGGAGAAGAUGUUGGUGAAAGGUACUUUAAACUAUCAGUUCAAAUAUAUAAAGAGUAUUGGAAUGUUUUUUUUUUGGGGGGGGGGGGGGGGAAUAGUUCAUAUGAACUUAGGAAUCUGUUGACAGGGUGGAAGGGUUCCACUACAGACAUUUUGGAAAUCUGUCUAAGAUUCUGAAUAAAAAUAAGAUUACCCCUUUGCCAUGUUACCCACACCGAGUUGGAUUGUUCUCAAGCUGAGAAAUCCUGCUGUGCAGAGGUAGUCAUGUCAUCCAUUGUUACAUUUAGUGAAUUCUUUGAUUGCAGUGUAUUUAUCAUUGCACAUGAAUUAGGUUUAUUUAGCCAAUGCAAAAGACAGGAAGAAAACCCAAGUGUUGAAACCUUUUUCUGUCAGUAUUUUUCCCCCCUUAAGAAAAUUUGAUUGUCUCACACAAGAAGUCAUAUCUAACUUUCCUGAUGAGUCCUGUUUGUUUUGAUCUUGGUUAGGUUGGAAGACCUGGUGAACAGAAAUGUGCAGCAAACUGUAGAGCUCAAUCACUGGAAAAAGAUGUGCGAGGAAUACUCAGAAGAAUCUGACAGAUUAGAGAUUGAGUGUGAUGUCUGGAGGACAAAGUUCCUGGCAAGCAGGUAAAGAGGGUUUCCAGGAGAAAAGUGGCAUAUUUUCUGUUUCAUAUAAUGAUCAGGAGUAUUGCCACUCCUUUUGGGAUGCCAGUCUAUUGCAAGAUGCCCCUGAGAUAUUUUAAAGUUAUUCUAUAACCAGAAACAUGAAUUGAUCUCUGUAAGUUUUUUCACUUCAGAAUGAUGUCUGAUGAACUGUCCAGUUGGAAGGCAACUCUCUACACCAGGUUCAGACAAGCUCAGAGUGCUUUACAAAGAUUACUGGAGGAAAGGGGACAGCUUCAGCAAUACCUCACUCAUACCAAGAGGUAUUAUAACUUCUGACUAACUGAGAUCAAAAGCCAUACCAAGGAAUAUUGGCCCAAGGUUGUGGAAGUAUAGACUGAGUGCAGCAAGGUCUGUACAAAAACAACCAAGGGCUAAUAUUACCCCAGUGUGGCUUGAGCAAGCAAGGUUGGUGAGUAUUCUAUUAUAUGGCACUCAGACCAAACUUGUUUGCUGGUUUUUGAAACCAAAACUACACAGCUUAUGACAGUUUUGGUAGAAAUGGUCCAUAUGGCAAAACAAGGACUAAUUAAGAACCAAUCAAAGUGCUUUUAUUUAUUUCAGGACUACCUUGCCAUGCAAUAAUCAUUAAUACCCUCCCUUUAAAAAGAGAAUAUCUUAUAAAAGAAACCUAUUUCAACUUAAAUUUUGUAGCCCUGGUGAUAAUCUAACUUAAUUAAACGAGGAUGCAAAUUUUCCUUGACAUAAUAUAUCCAUAAAUUAAUUUUUGUUAUUUCAGGUUAGUUCAAUCACUUUACUCAAUGUUCAAAAGUACAAGUGGCAUUCAUCAGAGCCCCUUUACUUCAUCUCAAACUUCAAAUGAUCAAAGCAUCUUAGAAAUGGCUGCUACAAACAAGUCCUUAGCAGAACAGACCCUUAGUCUUGCACAAGAUGUUUUACCAGCCUUCUCAUUAGCAGAAACAUCUCUAAUGUUGACACAUGAGUUGCAGGAAACUGGGAAUCAGCAACAGGUUGAGCCAACAUCUGCUGAAAAACUGGCUUUUCAGGUGAGACUAGUCUGGGUAAUUUACAACUGCGUGGUGGCACCUCCAUUCAAGAUCACCUCAGGCUCCUCUCUCUAAGGAAAAAAGAGUGGAGCCUGGAGGCAUACAUGUAAAACCAAAGCAUAGAACCAUGAUCACAUAAGUGUUAGUAAUGUUUUAAAUUUAAAUUCACAUUUUCUCAGCUAGAAAUUGUCUUUUUUUAAAAUAACUUGCUAAGAUUAUUAAAUGAAGCAGGCAUAUUUGGGUACUGGUGUAAUUUUUUAAGGAAGGUUUUUAUUAGGUGGAUUUAGUAUUAGGUAUGUUUUAAGUACUUUUAAAGUUUUUACACCACAAACAAGCUGUCUAUUGUUUAUUGUUAAAUAUGGAAGGCACAAAUGUGGUCUUGCAUCAAGCUUGUUUUGUUGGAUAAACCAGGGGUUUGAUAGUUCUUGUAGAGGUCUUAUAUGCAGUCUUCUGCCAACCAUGAGACCUUAAAAAGUUAUGAGUAGGAUCCUGUGUUGUGGUGUGCCUUAUGGCCUCUUUCUGGGCACAGCCACCUAUUAUGUCAUUGCAGUUGCUAAGGGAAAUAGUUACAGAAACCCUCAAUAAACCAGGCACAUUACAAAAAGUUUUAAGAUGAAUUUGCCUUUGGAGUAAUGUGUGAUGGGUUUGUCAAAACAGGCAUGCAACUAUGAUGACAGGAAGGUUUGAGAUAGAUCCAUGGGUCAGAAUACUAGACAUCAUAGUUUUCAUUCGACUGAAUUGUAUAAUUCCCUGGGUUUCUUUUUAUCUAGGUUUUAUCUAGUGAUGUCAAUCUCCAGGCAGAGGAACAACAGCUGAAAGGUGUUAGGAAGAGAAUGGCACAGCAGUACAUGGGACAUGAUUAUCAAAGCAGAUUUUCAACAAGGAACUUUAGAGUAACCUAUGACUGUUGUGAUCGAUGUAGGGGACCACUUCAUGUUGUUUGAGAACAUUUGUACUUGGUGUUAUUCCAUUUUAUGCUUGCUUUGAAUUUUAUUUAAUUUAAUAUCACCCUGCAUUUUUGCUGGGGGUGGAGGAAGGGGGGUGGUGAUUAACCCUUUAACUACUGGAAGUGAUUGACAUGUAACUUCUCCCCAUAACAUCCACACAUUAUCCAUCAAAAAGGUAAUGAGAACACUCAAACUUAUCAGGUAGAAGUAGUUGUCUUGAUCUGUCACCAAAUUCUUGCUACCGAUUUACAAAGAAAUAUGUACCAGCUAGAGGGGAGAGUUAAUCAUCAGAUCUUUAAAGUUUAAGGGUUAAAAGUGAUUUCAACUGAGUAUGAUAGAAUUUAAAGUACAGAGAGAUUGAAGCAAAAGGUGCUUUUGUUCUGAAGAUAACAAAAAAGGAUAUUGUUUUACAUGAUUUCUUAAUACCUUGUAGAUAUUACAACAAUUGCUUUAAAUUUAACCAUUUUCUUUCAAACAGAAGGAAAGUGAGCUUGGUAAUCAUUCUCUAGUUUUUUAAAUAUCAUUGGAAAAUUGUACUUAACUAUACUGUUUUAGGAAUUUCAGUUAUUUAUAAUGGUAAUAGGACCGAGUGGAGUUCAAUUCGGUCUUUAAUCAUAAGAGUGAUUAACAAAAUCGGACGAACGCGAGGCGGGAGUCCGAUUUGUCAAUCACGAGUAUGAUUACAGACAGAAUUGGAUGACACAAAGUCCUGUUACCAAUUAAUCAUAACUGUUUCAAUUUCCGACAACAAUUAUUACAUUUAGGACAAAUAUGUGCAGUAGAGACAAUGUCUAAGUAAAAUAUUCCUCAACUUUGGAAAUUCCACAACUUUUUUAGAAGAGGUUGUUGCUAUGGUUAUGGUGAUCAAUUCUGUGAUUAAUGGAUUUGACUGAAAGGACCAAGUAUGAUUGGCUACUUCAACUGUCCGAUUGUCCAAUUACACUGUCCGAUUACAACUCUACAGAACAAUUAGUGAAAAAUAAAGUAGCUACUGCACCAAUCACAUUUGAGGAAAUUGUAAUGGCUAUGAUUAAAUUAGUUAUUUAUUGAAGUAUUGUCAUGA